AUGAAAGAGACUUCUUUUGCUGGCAGUCACUCCGCCGGAGCCUCAUGGGAGCCUCCCUCACACACAAGGAAACCCCCCCACCCCACGCUGACUGAGGCUGGGAACGAAGAGACAAAGCCGACCGGCACAUUAUAAUCCGUUAACUUCUGAGUAAGACCUCGGUUAGCUGGAUACCUUUUCUCUAACCAACAUGGAGCUCCACGGAGUGCAUACUAUCUUCCACCCAAACCACCUCGGUGAGGAGAAGCAACAGAUGCUGAACCUGAACCGCCGUCUUGAAGCCUAUCUCAGUCGGGUCAAACUUCUGGAGGAGGAAAAUGAAAUGCUUGCAAACGAGAUCAAAGUUUUGAGGCACAGCAAUCAGGGGACCCUGACACGCAGGAGGGGCUUAGAGGACGAGCUGAAACAGGCAAGGCUGGAAGUGGAUGCCGCCUGGAGGGAGAGGGUCCUCACAGAGGUGGAGGUUGAAAAGCUGAUGGAGGAGAUCCAAGACCUGGAGCUUCAGAGACAGAGGGAGGCUGAAGCCAAAAUGUUGGCCAAGACAAAGAUGGAGCAAAGCAGGAAGGAGCUGGAAGAUGAGCAGAGGGCACAGAUCUGGCUCAGGGAGAAGGUCAACCAGCUUGAACAUGAAAUGAGGUUCUUAAUUCACAGCCAUGAAGAAGAUGUUGCCCACCUGGAGGCCAGCCUGACUCAAUCCAGAACCCAAACACUUCCAAAUCUGAUUCAGAGGAGCAAACAGUCGCCAGACCUCCUAAAGAUGGGGCAUGAGUUUUCCCAGAGGGCAACCAGAGCUUGGCAGGAGGCUUCAGAGGCCUACCAGGGCCAGUUAGCUCAGCUGGAGGAGUCACUCGAUCAGGCCAGGAGUCGUUUGAGUCAGGUUUGCCAGGAGAAACGUGAGAGCCAGCUGAAGCUCCAAACCUUGGAGAAGGAGAUUGCUUCAGCUAAGGACGUCAGGCUACAUCUGGAGAAGACCGCGGCCCAACGCAGGGAGGAAUACUGCCAGGAGAUCCAGCAGGUCCAGGAACACUUAGAGGAGCUGGAGGUGGAAAAGGUGGAACUGGGCCAGCAGAUAGACCAUAUCCUCCAGGAGAACUGCAGCCUGAUGCAGCUGAAGAUGUCUCUGGGUCUGGAAGUCGCAACAUACAGAGCUUUGCUGGAUGGAGAGGGCUUUGCAAGAGAGGCAGCUGUGUUCAAUAAGCCAAGAAACAUUUCCAUCAGAGAUGAAAUUCUGAGUCCUCAUGGGGUUAAGAAGAAUUACCCAACCCAGCUGUCUGCUAGCCUCCAGCCCAUUUACACCUCGUCCAUCCAAGGCAGAACAAGAUCAACAAUAUCUGAAACACAAAUCCUGAGCAGAAGACCUGCAGCUUUAAGUCAACCCAUAAAGAUUUCAAGCAACCAUACAGAAGCAGCUGCCAUAAAAUGUGCAACUCCAGAAAGCCCCUAUCCAAAAAUAGUUCAGAAUGGAGCAGCUGGAAGCUUUAGGCCAGGGGAGGUUCAUGAAACAGUCACCUAUGCUGAGCCUCUAUCACCUCCUAAUGAGCAAGAGGCUCCGGAGAAAAUGUCAGAGGACGAGGAAGAAUCCGUGGUAGAAGCAGCGAUUGAGUCUGUUGUCAGCCAUACGACUGAGUUUGGUCUCAGCAGGGAGCCACCUUUACAAGAGAGAGCUGAUAACCUGUCUCCCAACCCAAUAGUAGGCAAUGUCAGUAUGACAGAGCCGCUACGUCGUUUCUCAGAUGAACUCGUAAAGGAUGUGGCCUUCGAGGGAGAAAUUGAGGCAGAGAAGGUACAACAUCUAAGGGCUCAGGCUGAGGCGUCAACAGAAGCAGAUCGUGUGUACAGAGAGGUAGAGCAAGUGCAAGAUGUGAGUUCCGAUUCAGAAACGGAAGCGAUGCUUGAACCAACCUUUGAAUCCAGACCAAGCAGUCCCGAAUCGCAGGUUGAGCCUCAAGAAAGUGUUUUUAUUCCAGUUACAGAUACCAGAAGUGAUGAAAGCAUUCUGAAUGUUGAUGCAAUUAAAAUGAGACAAGAAAGCAGCGUUCCCACUGUGGAAACAAACGGAAGGGAAGACGAGGAUACAUUGUAUCCUGACGGGGAAGAGAUGGAUACAUGGGACAGCGUAAUAGAGAGAAAGGUCAGUGAAAAGAUUGGAGAUGGUGCAAUAAAGGAAGGGAACAAGCAACAUGCUGAGCCAGAGGAGGACAUAUCAGCAAAAGAACUAGAGCUAGCAGGCAACAUGGCCUCUGUGCUCCCGCAAGUAGUAGAGAAAUGCCACACCAUGUUGGAGCCGGAGCAUGUUCCAUCUCCUGACAAGGAAGACAAAGAGGAUGAGGAGGAUGAGGAGGACUCGCAGAACGUCUCUGUGUCGUGGAGGACGGAGCUGGAGAGUGACAGCUAUGCCCAGGAUAAUACUCUUGCUGACACUCGUCCCCUGAUCCGAUACAAAAGCGACGACACCGACGCCAACACUCAAGCGUCGCACGUUGAUGAAUAUGAGUCUAGUGAAGGAGAGCAGGAAAAGAAAGUGGGAGAGGUAGGAACAGGAACAUGGAGUGAUGGCAAGCCAAAGACCUUUGGAACAAUGGAAGACCUGUGUGAGGACGUGGAAGAGGAGACAGUAGAUGAUGACUAUAAUCUGGGAUACACUCAUGUUGAAGGCAGGGAUUAUGACCACGGUAAAACAGGAAGUGAGUAUGGUACACCGGUGAAUGAUGCAGAGAAUGUUGAAGGAGUGGUUCUGAGUGGCAUUGAGGGACAUUCAGAAGAGGAAGCUGAAGACCUAACUGGAGCCACUGUACGCACUAAUGAAGACUAUGAUGAAGAGCUGGAGACGGACCGACUAGUGGAACAAGAGUUAGAAAACUUGUCAACAGAUAGUUACAGCACUCAUUUUGCUCAUGAACAGAUUACAGAAGAUAUCUUAGAAGCGGAGCAAAAGUCUAUCAAGGAAAUUAAUGAACAAAAAGAUACAGAUGACUCUUCCACCUGCGAGCCUGAUAUUGGUGUAAACUAUGGAUCUGCAUUGUCCCCAGCAGGUAUAGAUGAGGCUUUAGAAAUGCAACCUUAUAGUGAUCCAUCUGAUGAGACACAUUUGAAAAGCACUCCGUCUGGGGAGAUACUCAAAGAACAAGAAGAGACCCAAAACCCAGCAGAUGGGUCUUCCUGUGAGCCUGAAGUGAAGUUUAAUUCUGAAUUUGGACUGUACACCACAUGCAAAGGAAACGGUUCAGAGAUGGAACUGUUCAGUGAUCCAUCUGGUGAGAUGCAUUCACCGAACGAUCUGACUGAGGAAGUAAUGAAUGAGCAAAAAGAAACUGAAAAGGCAACAGAGGACACAUAUUCCAGUGAGAUUGAAAUGAGUUUGAAAUAUGAACAGGUAUCUACCACCACAGUUAUAGACGAGGAUUUACAGAGGCAACUUCUCAGUGAAGAAUAUGUAGAGAUUCAUUCAACAGACACUGUGACUGAGGAGGACAUACAAGAUACUGAUCAAAAAGUUGUAGAUGACCCAGAGACAAAAGAGGAGGUGGACGGACACAAUAUGGAGUCUACUGCUGAUGGACCAGAAAAUCGCCCUGUCUUGAAAUACUUCUUAACUAGCUCUGAUGUGGAAGACCUCGACAACCUACAGGACCAAAGUGCUGUGUUAGUGGUAACAGACGAACCGAGCUCUUUGCAAGAUGUUGAUGCUCCCACUGAGGUGCUUCCCGAGGAGGCACCCGAUGCAUCCCAAGAACAUCUAAUUGAAGAUGCUGAGAACUUUCAUAGGUUUCCUCAACAUGGAGAAAAAGCUGAUUGGGAAAACCCAGAAAACACAACAAAGGAAUCUGAAAUGAGUGUCCAGAACGAGCAUGAGCUACAGAACGAUGACAUACCCGAAUUUUCUGAUGACGACAUUAUCAUCCAUCAGGAAGAGCCAGUUGAAAUUUCCCCCGACAGAGCCCUGAAUGAAAACAAUAUUUUUAUGGUAAAGGAUGUAGCAGACAGCCAUCUCCAUACUCACUUCCCCUCCGAUGGAAAGAAUGACUUCUGGGUGUCCUCUUUGGGGACCGGUGCCACUUACACACCUGAUGAUACCUUGAACGAAGCUGCUGAGCAAACUAAGCAUAAUCAAGGAUCUGCUGAUAACAAGGACAGAGGGAACUUGGAGAACCCAAAGGUAGUUAAUGGGAACUCCAAACUAGAUACUGACCCAUCUGGCCUUGAGCCCAUGGAAGAGCAGGAACAUAUAAAUACUGAAGUGAAGAAGAUGUUUUGUAGAAAUACAGUUGAAGGGGAGGUGGUCCAUUCUGAGGAAUCAGAACCUGAGGCUGAGUCUUGGUCAUCUGGGGAAGAACCAGCCUAAGAAAGUGAAAUGUUACAAUUAAAUCAGCUCAUAGAUGCAAAUAGAAGUUAUCAAGGGUACAUUGUGUUGCUGUUUUUUUUAAGCAUCUAAAAACCAAAGUUGCCUUUGUGCAUUUCUUAGAGAAUAAACAACCAGUGUGCCAACUACCACCACAUUAAUUGGAGACAGUUGACAAAAAUGUCCUUUUUUUAUGUUGACUACAUUGGUCGACCCUUUCAAGAUGCAUGCUGAGAAUGUUUGCAUGAGAGAAGAGCAUGAAAACGGAACAAAGAGUAUCAUUUGAAAGUCAAAACAGCUAUUGAUCAGCACCUAAUCUGAUUUAGCUGGUUUAAUAGAAAUCAAUGAGACCAGCAGGCUAGGAGUCAUUGUAGAGUGCAUUUUGCAUUGCAUAGUGACAACAAUUUAGUUUUCAUUAGCUUACCUAUUACUUGUCUUUGCAUGUUAGACUCAUGUUUCCUUCUCCCUGUAAAAGUUCAUUAAAGCAGUGCGUAACUCAAAGUAGAAAAUAAAGCGUAGAUUCAUUAUG